AUGACACCAACUCCCUCGAGUGCCGGCUCGAGUCCGAGUCUCGCCAGCGGCAGCGUCGGCAGCAGCGGCAGCAGCAGCGACGAUCUCUACAACACACUCAUAUUGAAGCUGCUUCAGCUCACUCAUGAUUUCGACAUCGAGGACGGCGAAGACGACGACGACCUCUCAAGCUUGACACCAGGGGAAAGCACACACCGCAACUCUCACCAAGCAGAGAAUCAACCUCGUCGAGCUCUUCGCAUAUCUCGCAAUACCGCUAGUGCUAUCCUCUACACCCUCGAGGAGGCGCUCCGACAACCUAAUCCCUUCACCUCCGAUCUUGUUGAGGAGAACGCGUCAAUGUCCGAUCUUGUUGGCGGAGGCCCUUCUCCUGCCAACAGCAGAGGCGGUGAUGGGCGACCACAACUGUCAAUGCCAGGGGGAAGUGGAUCUCCGAGUAUAAAGGGACCCAGAGAUAUCAUGCGCGAGCGCAAUGCGAGGGAAGCGCGCAAGAGAGCCGAGAUGGAGCAGAAGGAGGCGUCUGAGCGCGCAAGAGCUGCGGAGGAGCAAAGAUUCAUCGAUGUCGAAAAUCGGAGAAGUGGGGAGAGAAGAGCCGCCGCCGCCGCUGCCGCCGCCGCUGCUCAAAGAGGCAGUGGCGAGUCGACACACAAAUCCUCAGGAGGAACAGCUGGCCAACGCGUGUCCGAUGGAUCGCAACGUGAACGUCGAUCUGGCGAUCACCAUCUAGAAGAAGCACAAGGCUUUAGCCGAGGCGGCAGAGCAGCUGGAGGGGGUGAGAGUGCUGCACGACCACGCCCAACACAACAACAAUCACAGGAUCAACAUCACCAGCCCAGAGGCGUCCAGCCUGAACCAAUGCAAAGAUCUAUCCGAGCUGGUACCGGUGCUCCACCAGCUCAAUCUCAAACCGCUGCAACUAGAUCAUCCUUCCCUCACGCGUUUGAGAGAUGGGAGAAUCUUUCCGCACACUGGGAAGGUCUCACGUCUUUCUGGCUUCGCCGCUUAGAGGAGAACGGUAACGAGAUCAAUCGUGACCCACUAUCGCAACAGUUGUCAAGGCAAGUCACGGACCUCUCUGCUGCUGGUGCCAACCUGUUCCACGCCGUGGUCGAACUCCAGCGUCUGCGUGCAUCUUCCGAGCGCAAGUUCCAGCGAUGGUUCUUUGAGACCAGAGCUGAGCAGGAACGCCACCAGGAGAUCCAAGCUUUGACACAGGCCAGUCUGGAGCAGGAGCGAGCAAAGAGAAAUCAGGAGAUGGCUAACGCCAAUGCGAAAGAGAGAGAGAAGUGCAAUGUUGAGAAACAGUUGGCUGAGAUGAAGAGAGAGCUCCAGAUCUCCAAGGAAGAGGCCAGACGAGCGUGGGACGAGCUCGGACGACGUGAGCAAGAAGAGCGGGAGAAGACGGCAUCCCUGAGAGAUGGUCAACCUACGAUGCUUGGUGGUGUUCAAGUCGUUCCGAUGAUGCAGGGUGUCCCUAGCAGACAUGGAAGUUCUCGGGAUGCGCCCAGAGAUACUGGUAACCCUACCCGCCAACCCCAAUCGCCCGAGGGACCCAUUGAGGACAGCGAUAUCAACUACCAGCAAUACUCUCGCGCUCAGCGAUCGGAGCCAGCCGAUCCCUUUGUCACCAGCCCAAAUACCAGAGCCUACACUGAGGCGUCGCUCCCUGCUCACCCAGCCUUCAGCAACUCCCAUCCCCAAUCUCCGGCACCAGCUGUCCAACCCGCCUCGACCGCGGCAUAUUAUCAAGAGCACCAGAGCCCAGACCUCCAGUCCGAUGCAACCUACCGCCAACCAUCUGUGGCCGGCGAAGGCUCCGAGGCCGAGUACGAGAUCGAUUCCCAGGGUAGAUAUGUCCGCGACGACCGUGGCAACAAGAUCCGCUAUCACGUACCCGGCUCUGAGGAGGAAGACGACGAGGAGGAAUACGACGAAGCUAGCGAGCGCGAGCGAGAGGCUGCUGAUAUGCUUCAUCGGUAUGGAGAAGGCUCCGCCGUCGAGUACGGACGGGGUGCGACCCCAACAUCAUCCGCUCCAAGCAACCCACCCGCAGUCCCAUCAGUCGGAGAGCCAGACUACGCUGGUGCUGGAUACGGCAAUGCGCCAGAGUGGGCAGGCGUUCCAAGACACCACCACCCGACCCGCCUGAGCGACGUUCUAGAGGAGGACGAGAGAAGUCGCACAUCUGCCAGUCUGAUCAGCCGUCGCGAUUAG